GUUACGUUUAAAAACAGUGAGGCAUUUUGUUUGUUUUUUUGUGUUUAGUUUUGUUUUCCGCGCUUAUUUUUUUUUAUUUAAAACAAUAGUUUACUAUAUGAUUUAAUAAUGUAUAGAAAUCGCAAGUUCAACAAAAAUGGAAGAACUAAAAGUACUGACAGUCAUGAAAACAAAAGAGAUCUUAAUACAAUUGAUGAAAAUUCUACAAUUAAAAUUCCACGUUUGAAUGACGAAACAAAUAAAUUUAAAGAUGUAGCGGAAAUAGAAGAAAUGUUAAGUAGUGAAGAAAACAUUCCAGCUUCACAGGAGCCCACUCAAAGAUACUUGUCACAGAGAAGCACAAUUGCCGCAACACUGGGGCGUACACAAUCUCGAAUUAACAGCUCCCAAAGACCACCCAACACAUACUUUGAAUUGGCACUAAUGAAGGCGGGCGUACAAUUAGAUGAAGGACAGAAUUUUGUAUUAUCUUGUGAUCAUGUAACAUUCGUAAAUAAGUUGCGCGUAUUACUGGACAAAAAUCAAAAUUUCCAAGACAAUUUAAAGACGUUUAUCACCGGAUUACGUGAUGCUUGGUCAAAAUAUGCCCUAAAAUUGCUUUCGGGUUGUACAAUUAGCAUUCCAGGCGAUGAAAGUGUUUAUCAAUCUCAAGAUAGUAUGAUUGUAAACUUUUUUAUGAUCGAUUUUUUACGCGAUAAAGUGCUGGAAUUACUUUUGGUGCAAAUAAAAAAUGCUGCAUGUAACAAGGUUACUUCCUCCAAACCCACAGGCAAUAAUAUACCCUUAUUACCACUAAUGCUAUCCCAGUUACAAUAUGUUGCCAAUACACAUAGUGAAAUUAUUUACGAAAAUAUUAAAUAUAAUUUCGAAAAUGCAUUAGAACAAUCAAAAUGGGAGAUAAUAGCAAGUGCAGAAUUAAUAUUGGAUUCUAGCAAACAUGAUGAUUUUGCCAAGUUGUUACUGGAUAACAUGGCGAAUAGCAAGGAACUUUUUAAAAACUUAACUAUACAAACACUUACAAAUUUAAGUUUGAGUUCGCAGAUGCAAGGUAAACUGCGCAGUAAGGUUUUGGCCUACAUCAAAGAAGAUCAAUGUCCCAAAGCGACACUACCACUGUUAAUAAAAUUUCUGCUUAAGAUUUUGUCCGAGGAAAAUGAAGAAAGCAUGAAAGAGUUAGUUAACACAUUACGUGAAAUUCUACAUUGGCGUGAAGAUACUUCCACUUGUUCAUUGGCCAAAGAUAAACAAUUACAAUUGGAAUUAUUCGGCUAUAUAGAGCAAGGUCUUACGCGAUCUAAGAAAUUCUAUUCUAUAUGGCAAAAAUCCAUAGCAACAUUAUCUUCAACACAAUUUAAGCCUAUAGACUUUAUUAUUGUUUUGCUGCUUAUAAACAUAAGGGACGAUAAUUCCUUAUAUUUGGAAAAUGUGUUACGGCGUCAUAUCAAACAAUUGUCCACAUCAAUUGUUCAAGAAAUUCGUAACAAAUAUUCACCGAUGUUGGAACAGCACUGGCAUAUACUAAUGCAAAUAAUUAAUUUGUAUUUACGUGACAAACAUAAAACUGUGGUUGAUUUUGCUAGAUCAUGUUGUGGAACUUUUUUUGAAAUAUCGGAAUCCGUACAAAAAUCUAUUCUAAAGAAAUUAUUAGAAUUAACAUGUGAGAAAUCCAAUCAUAACACUACUAAUUUUGCUUUACAAAUGCUCAGAGAUUUAUGGCAAUUAUAUCCUAAAAUUUUACACAAUUGGGGUAUGUUGUUAUUGCCAUUUUUGGAUCAUAUACAUGAAAUGUCAUUAUCGCAAACUCGUAUUGUUAUGGAAUUAUUAUCAUCUAUUGCAUAUCCAGCACCUACUAUAGAUGAAUGUAUAACUUUGCAGGAUCAAAUUGAUAUGUUGGUUAAAAAACAAAUAAUCAACAGAAAUAAUUUUGUAAAAAAACAAGGCAUCAUUGGCGCCGUACAACUUAUAGAUUGUAUAGCUAGAAUCGAACAAUAUCAAAUUGAAGCAGAUGAUUUCGAUACAACAUAUAGUACCAUUAGCGAUAUACCAGAUGGUAGGGGUAAAACAGCAGCUAAAUAUAUAGAACGCAUACAAUCAUCUACAGUGAAUUCUCCGGAUUUAUUAGCAUUAUUUUAUGAUGAACUUGCAAAUGUUUGUUCUGCUGGCGGAUCAGAUCGUGUUAAUGGUUUACAAUUGGAUAUACCUUUUGUUAUAUGGCUAUGUGAACUAAUUACAUUUUAUUUUCAAAGUAAUUUUGUUGCCGAGCACGUUCCAGACAAAAUAGAUGGCAUACCAUUAUCUUAUAUGAAAUGCAUAAAUUCUCUAUCGGAUACUAAUACCGAAGAACAACAAAGUGAAUUACCACAAAUUGCCAUAAAUAUUGGUGAAUUAGUUUUAAGGCCACAAAAUGAAGCUAGUUCUUCGAUUCUUAUUCUCUCGCCGCUAUUUAAUUUUGUACGUGCUCUACACAUGCUUCGUUUUGAGGGCAGUCUGGAGUCCAUAAAUGCUUUGCUAGGCUGCGCUAUCAUUUUACCAAAGUUCUUCGAUGAUGAUAAUAUUGACGCAAUAUUUUUUGAUUAUAAUGAAGAAAUGCAAAAGAAAAUACUCGAUAUAUAUUUUCAUUGUGUAAAUUGGAUACGAGAAACAAUUAGUUCAUUUGCAACACAAGUUGAGCCUAUAUUACGACAAAAAGUGUUGCAACGCUUAGCAGAUCUUAUAAAUAUUGAGGAUAAAAUAAGACAUUUACUGCUUAAGGCUCCUUCAGAUUAUACACCACCACAGUGUGAAUUUAUUACUGGACAAAACUCAUCAACAACUACUAGCGUAAAAACUGCUAUAAAAUCACGUGCUGGUGGUAAUGCAGCUGGCAGUAAUAAAACUACCAAUAAAACUAAAGCUUUGCAAAAUGAUACAGAAAUUUUGCAUUUAAAUGAAACUAAUUUAAAUGACACAACACGAGCUGGCGACAUUACUACAAAGUUGGCUGGUGCCAAUAAAGUAAAAUCUUGUACUAAAAAUAAUUAUGAAAAUAUUUACGGUCCUAAAGAAAUUUACAGACAAAUGGACACUAAUAUUGUGUUAAUUUUGAAAGAAAAACUAGAUAUAAAACAUCCUUUACCUUCAGAGUACAUUGGUUAUCGCAUGGGUUUACUAGAAUUUCGUUUUAUUUUAACAGACAUUGUGUGCAAAUUGGAAUCUGUUGUGGGCAUACAAAAAUUUCAAAGUGAACAAUCAUUGCAAUAUAUUGCCAAACCGGGUCAUUUUAUGUGCGAUUUGUCAAAUUUCAUAGGUGCUAUUGGAGAGAAUAUGAAAGUAAUUUCUGCAGCAAUUAAUUCAAAACUUGAGGAAGUUCAAAGAAUUUAUAGUCAUUCUGAUUUGUUUACUGAGGAGUUUAAUUUAUUAAAAGUAUGUUUCGGCUUAUGUCUUCGUUUAUUGGUAGCGUUUUUCUCCUGGUCUGAAUGGUUUAUUAGUGAACAUCGUAUUAAUAAAUUAAGAGAAUCACUUUUAAUUUUAAUGGAACGCACACAAUAUCAGCGUUUUAAAGACAAACCAGCACCUAUAUUAGCUGUUGAGGUUUUCGAGAUCUUAAUAAAAUAUGAAACUUCCAUUAUCGAUCUAAAAUCAGCAGUUUACUUAUAUCAGUUAAUGGUUAUAUUAAAUUUACUUUCCGAUAAAAACUCUAAAACAAAACAAUCGCAAGAAAUAAGAUCAUUGUGUCGCAUACUAUUGUGUCGUAAAUGGUUUAAUUACGAUGGUUUAUUAGAGAAAGGAGCUCAAUGUAAUAUUUAUUUAGAUGAGUUAAUAAAAGGCUUUCUACGUGAUUCCGAUUUUAAAAGACAACGUGAAAUACUACGUAUUGUAAGAGAAGAAUCAAAAGCACUAAGUGGCAAAGAUAGUUCUCUGAAAUCAUUUCCUAAUUUUAAAAAAGCAAAUUUUCCAUUAUUUUUCCGUGGUUUAUGUGAGAUUCUUAUAACAUCUUUAAAUCAAAAAUUGACUACAAGUUCCCAAGAAACAAUAGACAAACUAGAAUUUUGGGAAUCUAGUUGCAAAAUUUUAAAUAUGCUGUUGGAAGUUGUGCAGGGUUUGGAUAUUCCUAGAAAUUUUCAAAUUUUCCUUAAGCAUUCUCAUUUAUAUUUGAAACUGGUGUUACAACAUGGUUUAAAUGUUUUUGAACAUUAUUUAAGACAAAAUCCAGAACGUGUUUGUGAAUUAAUAAAAACUAUGCAAACUACUACCAGAUUUUUACAUCAUCUCUGCUGCCAUUCUAAGGCCAUUAAAAAUACUGCCAUUGUCAGUCAAAUUCCAUUUUUACGAGAAACAGUGGAAAACUAUGUAUUUCGCAUUAAAGCCCUACUAACAGCCAAUAAAUGUGCGUCUGUCUUUUCUAUGGGUAAUUUGAAAAAUAAAGAUUUACAUGGUGACGAUUUAGUAUCGCAAUCCGGCACCUUUAGUACAGCAACUGGGCAAGAUAGUGACGAGGAAAUACCGGAUGACGACGUGAGUGUUGAUGAAUCUGUAAUGAGCCAUGAUGAUACGGAAAAUACGCGUAACGAUACGGAAAAUCGUAGUAAAUCGUCGUCAAGAAGUAAAUGUUUUUAAAUAAAACGAAAUUUAUUUGAAACUUUUUUUUUAUGCGAACUAUAUGCUUAAAUAUGCAAAAAUUAUAAGUGUUUUUUUUUAAUAAAUACUGAAAAAAUAACUAAAUUUGAAAUUUUUAUUAGAAUAUGUUCAUAUUGGAUGGAAUUUUAUAGUUUAUUUUCGUGAAAUUAUCAAAAUUGUACAGUUUGGCAGUGAUCGCUAGAUACAUCUUCCGCACGGUCAACCGAUUCAAAUAUCACUUUUAAUUUAAGGGCUAUAGGUUUUAAUAUUCUAUAAAACAUGAGCAAUAUUUUGAUAAUUUUAUUUGCUUAAUAUGUGGUAAUGGGCGUUUUAAAUGUUAUGCAAUUUAAAAUACUCAAAAAAUUCAUAAAAAUUUCAGCAAACACUGCAUAACAUUAUUGUUUUCAAAAUUUAUAAAAAAACACAAAAUUUAGUUUUUUAUGUCAUGUUUUCGUGAACAUGCUCUUUAUAUUUUUAUUUGUAAAUUAUUUCUUUUAAAUCGCAAGUUUUUUUUUAUAUUUUUAAGUUUUUUUUCUUUGCGAUUAUACAAGUACAAUGUUUUAUUGAAUAGAUACAUAUAAUAAUUAAAAA